UGUACAGCGAUCCUUUGAUUGCUUCCCAAGAAGAUCUUUGCUGUCUGUAUUCGAAGGCAAGGAAGGCAAAGCUGCACAACCGCAACGCAGAGAUCCCAUUACCACUUCUUCCAUUAUUUGUUGAAACGGACAAGCUGUUUCUUCGACCUCUUUGUUGUAAAGCAACCAACCGACCAACCAACCAAGAUGAGUGACUCUGAUGAUGAUGGCCCAAAGGCAGAAGAGACCGAAGAGGACGCCGAAAUGAAGAAGCUCCUCGCUGGUUUUGUGGACGAGACGGGAGGUGAUGAUGACGACUCGGAUUCUUCGGAUUCUGAAUCGGGUGAAGAGGCCCGUGAGAUUGACCUUGAGGACAACGUGCUGGACCAUGUGGUGUUGGCUGCGGCGGACUUUGAGAGUGCCUUGGAGGAGUUUACGGAGAAGACUGGUGUGGCCCCCAAGAUUGCUGGCGCCAUCAAGGGCUUGGGUAUCAAGACGGCGCGAGUGUCCUUCGAGGGAUCCUCCUACUUGGAGAUCAUCGCUCCUGAUCCGAAGUCGGGAGGUCCCAUUGGAAACUUGCUAAAGGCAUCAGGCAUCUCUGGACUGAAACCUUUCCACUGGGCUAUCCGAAACGAGCGUGCUGAACCAUUGAAGGACGAAGUGAACAAGUUUGGAUACACUCCCGACCAUAUUUCCAUGUUUGGUGCCAAGGAAGAUGGUACACCCAGGAAGUGGGAAAUGCUCUACCUGUACGGACACAAAAUGGGUGGAAUUGCUCCCUUCUACAUCAACUGGGCCAACUCGGACCAUCCCUGUGAAACUAUGCCCAUUGUGGGAGAUCUCAUUGGAGUCAAGGUUACUGCCCCCUCGGAUGACCCCGUCCACAAGCUCAUUGCACACACGGAAUCGGGAGGAUUUUCUCUUGAAGAGGGUGAUGCCAGCUUUGAACUCAAGUUUGACAGUCCCGAAGGAGAAAUCACCUAUGAAUCCACCAAGAUGGUGGGCUUCCGUUUCCCUGGAUUCGAGGACGAGUGCGGACCAGUUGAUGGAGAAGAGCCCGAGAUGCCGGAAUUUGUAAUGCCGGCCAUGCCAGAGCUUCUUCCGGUGGAAACCGGCGACUACGAAGAUAUCCCUGCAACAGAAGGUUAAAAAUCUGGUCGGUCGCUGAUUCGCUGGCACUGCUGCUUACUGAUCGUAAGAGUGGUGCCAGCCUACUAGGAAGGAAAAAUCGCUGCUGCCGCUGCUCACCCGCUUUGCUCACCUGCGUCGCAGAGUUAUAUCACCCCUUUUCGUUAAUUCACUUUCGUUGGUAGCGUAGUAAAUACUAUAGUGUCUUUUGAU